UCACUUACACUCCGCUGAUGCUCCAAGCAUGCAAGCACAAGGCAACCAGAAUGCGUCCGCCGGAGUUGACGAAACCAGCUCCAAACCCAACGGCCGAACAUCUCCGCAUGCCGUCGCCGCCGCCGCCGCCGCCGCUAAAUCUGUCGACGAUGAUCUGCUGAGCGACUCGGACAAGUUCUACGCGAAGCUCACGCAGUUCUUCGAGUCGACCGGACUGAGCCUCAUCUUAAAUGCCCGGGAAACAACCUUGGACUUGUUUCAGCUGCACAAGGAAGUUGCCAGAAGAGGUGGAUUUCGCCAGUUAAAUCUUGUGAAAGAAAUAAAAAAGUUGCUGUUGUCUUUGCAAUGUGCUUAA